AUGGGGAUCGGCCAAGCCCCUCUGUGGGGAGUGACUGACCAGUCCGGCCACCAGUUGGCGACCGGCCUCGCCAGCCACCCCCCUAAUACUGCCAGGCGCAGCGCUCACCCGGCAGGCCGACUGCCACACAGGCUAAGAGCUCGGCUAACCCUCGCUUGGGACCUUCGAGUCUCAGCCAGGGAACCUAGGUUCCCCAGCCCAGCCUCUUACGUCCCUAUUUCUGCAUGGUCCAGCGUUCACCAUGCAGUUUUGGUGGCUCUCACCGAUGGGCCCCUCCGACCGGAGAUCCUUAGAUCUCCAGCAGGAAGGACCCAUCAGCUCAUUGGGCCACCGUGGGUGUGCUGGGUCCAGCCGGUUCACCCUCCCCGGAACAUCCGAGCGACCAAAGUCGCCCAGACGGCCCCGAGAGGGAUCUCCGGCCUUCAAGUCCCCUCGCCACGACAAGGCGACACCCACGAGGGGGAACCUAACCAUAACCUAACCAUACUAAAACUAAAACCUAACCUAACCUUGCAACCGCCCACCGUUGCAACACCGCCGAGGCCGGAGGACGAGAGCGGAAGGGGUGGCGAUCGCAGAGACGGGGAGGAGACGGAAGACCCGUUGGAAAGACAACUGAUCGCCAUACUAACGGAGGAAUCGCCGGCAAAAACGGGGCUGGUGGUCGGGGGCGUGGAUGGUUCGGAGAAAUCCCUAACCGAACUGACUGAUUCAGUUGCAGAAGAAGGAACCGGAAUGGCGACCCAUAGGGAGAGCCGUCCGGAACCGGACCGGCCGCGCGAGAGACCUCCAGAGCCGGACCUGCCGGUCCUGAGCCCUCCGGAACCGGACCAGCCGCGGAGGAACACCCAGGGAACGGACCGGAAGCGCCCGAACCUGGGAGAGCCGGGACGUGACGGACCGGACCCCCCGGAGAUACCGGUCGAGGAGGCCCAGAAGCCCGAGGAACGGGCGGACAUAUGA